AUGAGUACCACAGUUACCGUAGCUAAACUGAGAAAAGUGGCCGUUUCGUGUCUGCAACAUUCCCUGAAGAACCUCUACAAUGUCCAUACGAAAAUUGUGUGUACGAAGCAGCCCUUUAAAUCAGAUUCAGAGUUGCCAACCUUUGUCAUUACAAGCAUUUCUGAUAUCUGUGUUAAAGUCGAAGAGAGGCUGGGUUUCAUCUUUGAGAAGGCCGAAAACCUACACUUUAAGGUUUUCUUUGAGUUGGCCAAUAAUAUCAUACACUCAACAUCCGGCAGUGGUGUAAUGAACAACUUGAAGGAAGUGUACGAGAAGUGCUGGGCGUUGGUUACAGAAUGGGGUGCUGAAGAUGCUCUCUUUGUUGGGGUUAUUCCGAAACACCAAAAAACAAGUUACUUUACAGUAGAUAUUGAUGAUGAAAACCACAAGUGCUACAUAACCUGGGACAAAGAAACGCUGGGUAGUGAUUUCAUCGGAGCUGUGAGUCGCAUGCUGAGGCAGGUGAGAGAUGAGCGAAGACAACCUACAUAUAGUGAGUACCUAGCUCAACAUGUAGGCUAUUUGAACAUACACAAUGGACAGUGGGGCAGGCAUGAACGGAUCCGCCAUCUGGGAACGCCGGGACUUAGACCACACACACAGACAUACAUGUCUCUCACUGACCCUGGCGAGGGACAUGUCAUGGGCACAACACGAUUUCCAGAAUGGAUGGAUGGGGCUAUUGUUCAUGUUGAAUAUCUAGAACGACCAAACCACCUGGACAGAACACACAUCGAAUCAUAUCGAGUCCCAUCUGUUCUGGAUUUCUCAAGAGUUCGCAUGCAUGUUGGCUCAACAGCCCCUACGACCUACUUUCUAGGCAGAGCUGUAAAAGAUUCUGGAAACUUUGAGGAAGAUUUCCUCAAGAUUGUUCACAUUACUGCUGCUUCAGCAUCUUCUGCGUUUUUUAUGGGAGCAGCGGAAUGUAAAAUCGCAAUGGAAGGCUUGUCAACAUCGCAGACCAUGAGAUAUAUGCAUGCUCUACGAGCUCAAGUCCAACGUUCUAGGAAGCAGUUUCUUUCUGCAGCAUGGAAUCUCAAUCAAGAACUUUUACAUGACUUUGAAAUGGAAAAACCGCAUAUUCUCAACAAGAGAAUUAAUAUUGCUUUACAUGCUGUCAUGAUCACUUCUCUGGGAGGCUUCGACAAGGUAACUUGGGACGGAGCAAGUAAUACUUACCCUUCUAAGUGCAUUAUGUAUCAGUUGACCUUUCAGGAGGCGCUGACGAUUGUUCACGAGGCUCAUCUGAAAGGUUUGGUUACUUACUUCUCUUACGCUGUUCUCGCUGGUGUUGAUGGGAUUGGGAUAGGCGGCGCGCAAGUUCUUCGGUUCAUGGACUCUGAAACAGGGAUGCACGGGCCAUACACGGAACAGAACAUUCCAACCAUCCUGAAAUACAGAGAUGAGGCAGCGAGUUCUGUUCGUGGCAGAGGAGUGGAACUACUAGUUCGACUGGAUAUCAUGUUUUAUGAGGGCUCUAUUUCUCGUCACCAAGAGUACCUGCGACAGAAGUUGUUUCAGGCACUUCUGAACACUGAUGAAGAGGCUAUAUCCGAGCUGAUAGAGCAGCUGUCAGAUGUCAGCAACCUGCCCCGCGAAGGCAACACACCUUAUCUGCACAGAGCUAAACGUAUCGUGGAAAAUGACAACGCCAUGCUGAAAGAGUUUUGCUCCCAGGAUGAAUGUGACACUUUUGUAAAGAUUCUGCGCAGGCAGAUCGUGGCUCGAGACGAAAAUUCGCUGAUGGAGGAGUAUGACAGUGAUCCGUGGCUGUCAGUCAGACACCGCUACAGGUUUAGCCAGUGCCCCAAGGACUCAAGAGUUUGCUUCGUCCGUCAGACAUCUUUCAACAUAUCCUACAGGCCAUAG